AUGCCCGUCCCGCCCCCUCCAGCGCCCCCGCCCCCGCCAACAUUUGCUCUGGCCAAUACGGAAAAACCUACCUUGAAUAAGUCAGAACAGGCUGGGAGAAAUGCUCUUCUCUCUGACAUCAGCAAAGGGAAGAAACUGAAGAAGACAGUCACCAAUGACAGGAGUGCACCGAUAUUGGACAAGCCUAAAGGAGCCGGUGCCGGUGCCGGGGGCGGUGGCGGUGGCGGUGGCGGUGGAAGUUUUGGAGGGGGUGGCCCACCUGGCUUAGGAGGACUAUUCCAGGCUGGGAUGCCGAAGCUGAGAUCCACAGCCAACAGGGAUGGUGAUCCCGGAGGAAGCCGACCCCCAAUUUUGCCACCAGGAGGAAGAGCCACAUCUGCCAAGCCUUUCUCUCCCCCAAGUGGCCCAGGGAGGUUUCCUGUGCCUUCUCCAGGCCACAGAAGUGGUCCCCCAGAGCCUCAGAGGAACCGAAUGCCUCCCCCGAGGCCCGACGUGGGCUCAAAGCCUGAUAGCGUUCCCCCUCCAGUGCCUAAUACGCCGAGACCCAUUCAAUCAAAUCUGCACAACCGGGGGUCCCCACCAGUGCCUGGGGUCCCCAGGCAGCCCAGCCCUGGGCCGACCCCUCCCCCCUUUCCUGGAAACCGAGGUGCUGCUUUUGGAGGAGGCUCCGUCCGCCAGACGCCCUCCAGCUCUUCCUCGCCCUUCUCCAACAGGCCUCCCCUGCCCCCAACCCCCAGCAGGGCCUUGGAUGACAAACCGCCCCCUCCGCCUCCUCCAGUGGGCAGCAGGCCCUCCAUCCACAGGGAAGCGGUCCCACUGCCUCCCCCUCAGAACAGCAAGCCCCCAGUGCCUUCUACCCCGAGGCCUUCCUCCUCACAGCCACCUCCACCACCACCACCAAGCAGGCCCGGCCCUCCCCCGCUGCCUCCGGGUUCCAGUGGCACUGAUGAAACCCCAAGACUCCCACAGAGGAAUUUGUCCCUUACUUCGUCUACAACCCCCUUAACUUCACCAGGACGAACAGGCCCUCUUCCUCCCCCGCCCAGUGAGAGACCCCCUCCUCCGGUGAGGGACCCACCAGGCAGAUCAGGCCCUCUCCCACCACCCCCUCCAAUAAGCAGAAAUGGCAGCACAUCUCGGGCCCUGCCUGCCACCCCCCAGUUGCCGUCCAGGAGUGGAGUAGAUAAUCCCAGGAGUGGACCCAGGCCUCCUCUUCCUCCUGACAGGCCUGGUGUUGGAGCACCUCCCCCUCCUCCACCAUCAACAUCAAUUAGAAAUGGCUUCCAAGACUCUUCAGGUGAAGAUGAAUGGGAAAGCAGAUUCUACUUCCAUCCAAUUUCUGAUUUGCCACCUCCAGAGCCAUAUGUACCAACGGCCAAAAGUUAUCCCAGUAAAGUGGCGAGAAGUGAAACCCGGAGUGGAUCCAGCAGAAGAGAAAGGGGUGCCCCACCACUGCCUCCCAUCCCAAGGUGAUCUUUGCCUGCUCUUCUCCACCCGAGCCCAAGAGCUCCUUCUGUUGUUGCUCACCCUCCUCCCCUUGUCUCCCCUCGUCCCCUUCAUACUGGCAGUAGGGAGGAAGGGAGGGUGACGUGGGAAUAUGUGUGUGUUGGGGGUGGGGGUGGGAAUGCAGUGAAGAAAUGCACCUAGCUUUUUAUAUUGUGUAUAUUCUCAAAGCUCUUGCUUGCUUCAGCUACAGCCCGCCAGUGUUGGCUGCUUAGGGGUCAGGAGGCUUUUGUGGCAAGGUGGCAGAAAUGCAUUGUGUCCUAGCUUUCAACCAACCAAGUUCAAACAUUCACAGCUAAUUUGCUACAGACUGUAAUAUUAAAGUCCCUGAGAGCUAUUUGCUUCCAUGCCUUUUUUGCGUGCUUGGCUUUCUGUCCGAUUCCAGGAACCACCUAAGCAAGUUGCUGUAUUCAGGGCUCACAUAAAAUUUUUCAAUUACAGGAUGUCCAAUCUUUGGCAGUCUGAGAUAAGUUCUAGGAUAGAGCUGUCCAACAGAAAUACAAUGUGAGCCACAUAUACAGUUUUUUAAUUUCUAGUAGCUAUGUUAAAAAAGGAAAAUAGGUGAAAUUAAUUUUAAUAUAUUUUAUUUAACCCUAACACCCAAAUUAUUAUCAUUUCAACCUGUAAUCAGUAUAACAAUUAUUAAUGAGCUAUUUCACAUUCUGUUUUGGUACUAAGUCUUCAAAAUCCAGUGUGUAUCCUACAUUUGAGAGCACAUCCCCAUUCAGACUAGUCACAUCUCAAGUGCUCGACAGCCCCGUGUGGCCGGUGGCUACUGUUUUGGACAGCACGGGUCUAGAAGCUGCAGGCUAGUGCAAAAACCUCUUGUUUCAAAAACGAAAAAGGCAAGUUGAGCUUGAGCAAUUCAAAAAGUAACUAAAAAUAAAGUUAGGACCUAACACCUUGUUCGGCAGACAGCUUGACCUUCGAUUUUGCUCCCUUAUUUCCCAUCUUUCCUUAAUGUAUGUAUCCAAGUGUUGCUUCACAAUACCAAGGUCAGAAAUUGAUCUAACAGGGUUUACAGUCACGUGGAAUAAAGCCAUUAGAAAGAAACUGAAAGCCAGCUGGGGCCUAGGGACUCAGAGCCAGCUGCCUUGAGUUCACCUGUCCAUUGGACCCCUGCCUUACACUUCAUUCCUCUGCCGCCCAGCACGCAUCUCCAUGCCAGGGAGGCUCAUAGGCUCUGUAGCUGUGGGGGAAAGUCAAGAAAAGGUAGCCAGUUGGAAACGUGGAGGAAGGAAGCAGGUUUGAGUUGAUGGGCAAACUGUGAAAGUCUAAAUCUGAUGUGUAUGGGGUUGAGAGAGAUUGCUACUACAAAU